UCUAGCAACAACAUAAACGUGUCAUGUGCAGAAAUGGAAGUCAUUGCUAUAUUAUUUGCUCAUUUUGGCAUAUAUCUUCGUGAUAAAGACUAUGGUCAAGUUAGCUAAGCUAGAAGAGUAGAGAAAGAUUGAAGCAGUUGAGCUCGAGCUGGUCGCGAGAGUGAGAGCGGCUUCAGUCACUGACUGAACGUGGCAGUUAAUGCGAAAUCUCUAUAUAAUAUAAAAAUAACUUUAUUAACUGCAUGUUUUGAAUGUUGAGGUAAACGUACCAGUUUCGCGUUUAAUUGGAAAGGUGAUUUAGAGAUCUGGAAGACGACAGAAAUGCACCGUUAUUUGUGGUGGAAAUAACUGUUAUUAUGUGAAGACUCAGUCGGGUUUUGCUGUAUCUGUCAACAGAGGCCACAGGAAGUCUCACAGGUGAACCUGGCACUACCAAACCAAGCCUACAACUCACCCGGUGACGUGAUACAGCCAGGUAUCCAGGCUUGGUACAGCUGCGCUCGUUUGACUUGAAUACAUCCACAAAAAGGCUGUCAAGAAUCACAUCUGAACAGAACCGUCCCACUACGAUAGUAUAAUUAUGCUUCUCUUCCACGGCCCAUUUCAGUUUCUACCAACCGCUCUCUGAUUUUCAAGGAGCAGCACAGUUAAACAGUGCCCAGCCACUGAAAGCGUGGCUGCUCUUUCAAUCUUAAUAGGCACCUGUAGGACAUAGAGCAAGUGUUGAAAGCAGUAACAGGACUUGUGGUCAUUGGGAAAAAGGUCAAGAACCAUGUGUGCCCAAUUGGUGUUAACCAUUGGCCUAGUCCACAGGAUGGGUGGACAGUAGAGUGGCAGUGAGACAGUGGACUCAUGUCAUGGAAGAGAUUGUUGCAGUCGCAGUACAUACAGAGGGCUUGAAUAGUUUUCCGCAAGAUUGUAAACAGACCGGGGAUCUGACCAAUGGAAACUCCAAAUGCACAACUGUUCUCAAUGGAUUGACUCCAGGUAAUGGCAUCAAAGAGAAUGGCAAUGUGAACGGCAGUCCGUAUCUUAAAACUAUCCCGAUCUCAGCGCUCAAACAGAAUGGGCUCCUACAGGCUCUGGCAGCAGGUGGCAAUCACACCAAAACCGAAGAGGUGAGCUCAGAGGUGGAGCGAGCACAGGAGGAGUGGGAUGCCCUGGAGAGCAUCCAACCAGUUCUCGCUGGGGAUCUCACUCCCUCUCUACUGAUCUCAUUCAAUGAGGCUCUGCAGCAUUUUCAAACCACUGAUCUUGGAGACCUGCUUAAAAACAUUCAGCCCACCAUUCGCAGAACUGGAUUGGCUGCCAUCACCCACUUCCUGUUUGGCCCUCCUCGGCUACACAAAGACCUAGUAGAGGAGAGAGACUUGGUGUUUGCUAUCGCACAGUGUUCUCUGGAUAAUGGACAGUCAGUGCACAUGCGUGUACUUCAGACCAUCUACAGGAAACUGACCUGCACCCGAGCAGACUGCCCUCGUUACGGACCACACUGGGAGAAUGUUGGCUUUCAAGGAUCAGACCCGGGCACAGAUCUAAGAGGAACAGGUUUUCUGGGACUCAUGCACACUCUCUAUUUCGUCAUGGACCCAGAGAUACUACCACUUGCUAGAGACAUCUACAAACUCUCUCAGCAUCCGGUCCAGAAUUUUCCGUUCAGUGUGAUGUCAAUCAACAUGACCAGAAUUGCCCUGCAUGCUCUUAGGGAAGAGGUGCUGUCUAAGGAGUGUAAUCGAAGGCAACAGGUCGUGGCGGUGCUGAAUGAUUUUUAUGUUGCGACGUUCCUGCACCUCUACCAGCUGUGGAAGAGCCAGCAGAAAACCAUCUCUGACUCUGGCCAUGUACUUAAAGAAGUGGAGCUCUUCGCUAAGAAGAACCCUAAACAGAUUCUCAAACGUCUCGAGGGCUACCUGAAGGAGAGACGUGCUGGGAUGGGACACAGAGCAUCACCUGACACACUGUCGCAUAGCAACCCUUCACCUGGUGACAGUGGGUCUCAAGCGGGCAGUCAGGGAGGGAAGGAGGGGAAGGAGCUGAACUUUACUGGAGUGUGUGAGCUGCCACCUGAGAUGGAGGGAGAGGCCAGACUCAUCUGAAAGAGAUGAGAGCGAUAUGACAAUUACAGAAAUGUGUUUGAAUGGGCAUUUGAUUCAUUCAUGCUUUAUCUCUUCGUUUCUUCAUUUAUUUUGUCCUUUCAAGAGACAGUUCACCCAAAAAUAUAAAUUCAGUCGUCGUUUACUCACCCUUGUUGCAAACCAGGAAGAUUUGCUUUUUUCGAGCAUAGUGUUCAAGCUGCUUUUUUGCCAUAUGAUGAAAGCAUAUUGUGGCCAUGGCUUUCUAUGGACCCCAACACAUUUCAUUGAAUGGAAAAUAACAGCUUGCUCGUACAGAAGAAAGCAAAUCAAAUGGGCUUGAAACAAAACAUGAGGAUGAUAACAAGAUUUCGCUUUUGGGUGAAGUAUGCACACUUGAGACGAGACUAUGUGGUAGCUGAAAAUCAUCAAAUUCUGCUGUUUAUUAUUUUUUCAAUACCUAUUGGCUCUAACACUUUAAACGACCAAUAGAUUUAUUUGCCAAAUAUGAUCGUCUCAGAAAUAGUGCUAGAUUUAGCAUGUGCGUGGCAGCGGGCUGUCUUAAACCAAUCAGGAAGUAGAAGACUUGAUGUAGAUGUACAGUUUAAGAAGAGACCAGUGAACCUUACACAUGACUGUGGUACCGAGUGAAAAUGACUUUGUGUUUGGAAUGGGGUGACUGUGCAGGCAUUUGUUUGAUUCAAUUGAGACAAGUCCAGUCUACAGCCUUAUGUAUUUCCAGAUAGUUGAACAUGUUCACUGUGACCGAGUCGAUCUUCAGAAAGUUGGCAGAGGUUUUGUUGAUACUGGCUCUGUAUCCUUACAAUCUGGAGAGAAAUGAUCAAAACAUUGGAUGGAAAUAGCUUUUUUCUCUUGUCCCUUAAGAAAGAUGUCACAGUAAAAUUUAUAGAAGCUCUAUUUCUGUUGACAGAAACUCAAAAAUUGUCAGGUCAGGGGAUCAUUAUGAUGGGAAAGUGACCCGUAGAUGAAAAUUAUCAGAUGUUUACAGAAACAUUUAGCAGUUCAGCUACAAGUCUACCGUAGACUCCUGCAGACCGAUCACUAUUAGUGUUUUCAUAACAGAUCAUUUUAUAUAAAUAAACGUUAAACUUAGGGCAGCAAUCACAGUGAAAAUGUGAUAUUUGGAAGUCUUGUAAUGCUUGUCUGCAUGAAGCAAAAGCCUACAUGUUUCCUUGAUAUUGAUAGUAGUUACAUUUCAAUUUUAAGCAGUCAACAUGUGACUAUUAUUGUGUGGAUGUGAUGUAGAUGAGUGUAAGGAUGCUCUAAGAAUUGUACGGAAAUACUUACACAAGAAAUAAUCCUGAUAACGAUAUUGAUUGCUUGUUAUGACAUGCAGUACAGAAUACAUGAGCUGUAUUUCAAUAGUAAUGAUUCAAUCUCUGGCUCAGUUUACAUCUUGUAUUAAGAUGCAUUUUGGUCGAUUGGAUUCGGAUCGCAAGUGGACCACGCUAAAUACAGGUUUAAAUUGGGUCUAAACCGUUUUGAGCUCUUCCACUUUCAACCACAUUCAGAGGUAGUAGAAAACACUUUCGACCCGAUUGCUUUUGUGGUGUAACACGCGUGUGGUCGAAUGUGUUUGAAAAGCCACAAAAGACAGCCUAUUAAUUAAAUGUGUAAUGUACCAAACACAAUGUUUUUACAUCAGUCCUGACUCCUAGUGCUGAUCUACAGGAUUUGGCGCCGUUAUUAGGAUAUCGUUGCUAAAUUAAAGUUGGCUGAUCUCCGCUUUUGUUUCAUUUUGUGAGUGUCUAAAGCCCGAUUUAUAGUCAUGCGUAGGCUAUCUGUAGCCUGUGCGUAGCUCUGCGUAGCUUGACGCGCACCUCGCAAAAAUUUUAACAGCGUAAAAAAAAUAGGUAUUUCCGUUUGUGACGGUGAAAACAAAGAUGAACCAAGUUGAGGAGUGAUUUAACUUAAACUGCAUCAAAAGUCGCUGUUUAUUUUCUUCCAUCAUUGCUGGUCUUCUCAAAUUAUACACAACAAGUUACUGUUUCCUCUUCGUUUGUGGGUUAACUUGCUAAGCUUCUUCUUCUUUGAUGUUUGCGCUGCUACUGUGGUUACACGCGUGGUUACUGCCUACCAGCGGUCUGCGCGUUUGUUUGCACGUCGACGCGGACGACGACGCAAAAGUAUAAAUGAAAACCGUCGUAGAACCUACACCGUCGCGGAAUCUACACUGUCUAAGCCGUAGGACCUACGCACAACUAUAACUAGCCCUUAAAAGUUUCGCAAGCUUAUUUCAUCCAUAUCUCUGAAAUAUCUGAGAAAGCCCUUACAUAUACAUAUACAAAACGUUGUGCAGCAUGUUUACUAACAACACAAGCAGAGGUACUCUGACAUAACCUUAGUGCGUGUCAACUUAACAUAAUUUCUCUCGCUUGUGUUUUAACAACUCGCCCAUAGACCAUCCCCUAAAAGUAAUCAGGAAAGAAGCAUUCAAAAGUGGACAAAAGAGAUGGAUUAAAACACCUUGGCUGUGUCCAAAAUUAGAGCCUCAUGUAUUACAAGCUCAUAUGUGAGGAAGAGAAAAAGUCCAAUGCGCAUGCAUUACAAGUUUAGGUGCAAGAAGGAAUUUGCGCACAUUACAAGCUCUCUAGUCUCGCGUGGUCUGGUGUUUUUCGCUGCUUUUUUGGCCCACCCACAAGGCCGUUUGACGGACAUGUCAAACAAACAAUCACAGUUUGUUUCAUCUAGCGUCACUAUAGAACAACGGUGUGCCCUUUAUCAACAGCCACUACAAUGAGACGCUCCCGGUAAACAUCCAUAUGAAGCAUAUCUCUCCACUUUUUAACACCUCCAAGCAAUUCGGGAGAACCAAACGCCAGCUGCGAUCUUUUUGGCUUCACUAACUGCCUCCAUCAAAAUUCUUGGACGUCUUUUAGAGAGUCAAUACCAGGAACUUUUAUAUUUUUGAGAAUGCAAAGUUUAACUGCUCAUUAUUUUCCACGUAAACACAACUGACUCUCUUCCUCGUACGAAGGUCAGAGCUUUAUUUCCCGGGGGACUGAGAAUAAUCGCGACACUUGCAUCUCACGGAAUUCCGGUUUAUUUCAACAAAGACGACUUUGACAUUCCCACAGGGUUUCCAGUUAAGUGUACGAUACAAGCUCUCUUGUGCAAAGUAAAGCCCACAAACAUGUUAAUGUGAAACUAUAAUGAUAAUAAUAACUCAUAGGGAUGCUCCGAUCAGGAUUUUUGCAGCCGAUACCGAAUACCAAUUUGUUAUCUUCGUGAUCGACCGAUACCGAUUCUGAUACCAACUUUUUUACGCUGAUAUGCAAGCUGUAACAGUUAACAUUUUUUCUAGAUAAAGUAAUACCACAGAUGUUGCCUUUGUUAUAUUACUUGCAGUAAUUAGGUAUAUUAUUGUUUUAAUAGAGAAUCAAAUAAAUAAGCACAACAAAUAUUUCUUCUGCAAAGAGAAAUUUAAUAUGCCUUUAAAAAGAUUUAUGUCUCUUAAAAGUAAUGAAAAUAAAACACUUCACAGUCUUUACUGUGUGAAAUAAAUAUACACGUAUUCGUAUAAAGUACAACAGUUCUUCAGUAAAGAGCAGAGAGUGAUUUUAUUCAGAGAUGAAUUAUGUUAAGCCGCAUUCAGACAGCCAGCAAUGUUAUUGCUGUGUGUCGCCCUUCUCUUUCAAUGAGGCAUUUCUAAAUCUGCUUGUCAUAAACAAAUGAGUACCAUCCAUGCCAGUAACUGACGAGAGAAGGGUGACGUGAAUUCCACUGCUUCGUUCUCAUUGGUAGUCGCUUCUGAAAUGCGCUCGACAUUUGCAUAAAGUUAAACUUGUCUUAACUUUCUCGCGUCGCUGGACAUGCCCAUACAGUCGGAAGUCACCUGGUUUCCAUUGAAAUGAAUGAGAUUGCGUCGCUCUGCUACUGCUGGUCGCUGGCUUGCUGAAUGGGGCGUUACUGUAGCUUCAAGACGUGUGAGAGAGAUGAUGCACUGAUGACAGGCUGCUGUGUGUGCGCGCCACGGGUUUACAGACAAGAGCAGCUGUGAGAAGAAAGACAAUUUAAACGAUCAAAACUUUAAUAUGCAUGCAAAUAAUACACUUUUGGCAUGAGGAUGCAAUUGUUCGUGUUAGAUAUGUGUUGUAUACGCUGUUUAAUGGGGAUGUGAAGAUGCCUCGCGCUGUUGACCGGAGCGCGUCCUCAAGAAAAUACACAUAUAUCUGUAAAGGCAGAGAGAGAAAUACAAAUCUGCAAAAUUAUAAAAAUGCUUGCACUACGUAAAAAAAUGUGUCUCUAAUUGCAGCCGCAUUCAGGAUCCCUAUGAUGACAAAAGUAAACCGAAAGAUUGGUUCAUGAGAUCGGCAAAUUUAGCAAGUCCAAUCGAGUCAUUUAAUGCCGUUAUUGGCCGAUACUGAUUGAUGGCCGAUCGAUCGGAGCAUCCUAACUCGUCAUGAAAGCUCGCUAUUGGCCAUAUGUCUGUCUAUGGUCAAUACACAAUAGAAUCAUAUAUCGUCACAACCCUACUAUACCUUAUUGAGUGCACUCAUUUAACGCCACAAUGCACCGCAAUAAUAAGUAUGUAACCAAUGUCUUCUACUGAUGCUCACGCCGAAUCACUGUACUUCUCGCGUCUCGUCAGAAGAUGGCGCCCACACUGCAGCACUUCCAGCAGGCUCAAGUGUCCGAAUUAAUUUACUCAUUCGAGUGAACUAGAUUAGUGGACUAAUGUAGGGAAUAGUGAAUGGCAUAGGGGCUAUUUCGGACAGAGCCCAGGUGUGACUGUGAACGGGCAUGUGUCUCUCUCGUCCAAUUGUGAUCCAACCGACCGAAACGCAUUUUAAUACCAGGUGUAAAGAGGGCCUCUGUGAUAUUUUAGCAUUGAAAGUGUUUAGGGCUUGAGAAAAAGCAGCGGGUUUAAACUGUAAAUUAUUGGUUUGUCAAUCAGAGUUGCACGAGACAUGCCGUCUUGUCAGAUCUGUGUAUAGCAGUCAACAGGUACAGCGUGAGACACAAAAAAGACAAAACCUUAUUUACUGUCAAGUCGUAUCAUGUUAACACAGAAAUAGUCUUUCGCGUCUUGUUCCCUCGUCCAAGUCCAGGCCUGAGGGUUGCAUCAGUCAGUAACGUACUGUACAUUUUGGAAAAAAACUUGAUUGGAAAAGUUCUUCCCGCCCUUUGCAACCCUUUUCUGCACUUUCGUCUUGUUAGCAUGUCAGGUAGCGCUAGAGAUGUAGCAUCCAGGAAUCGUUUUUAAAUUCCUUGUUAAAAAAGCUUGUUGAUCUAACUCGGUAUGGUUGCAUAUGUUUGUCUAAGUUACCAAGUCCAAAGUGUUAUUGUGCGGUAUGAGUACUGUGCGUUCUGUACGAUUUAUUCUCUUCUUUUGUCGUUUUCUUUUCGAAACAACAACACAUGACUAUAAAUACUCAGUGGAUGUAUAUUAGAAGUCCUGUCAGUUUAGCCAGUUGAAUUUUUUUAUAUAAAGCAGAGUAGUAUUUUAUAAACUUGAAUAAGAGCAUGAUGAUAAAGAAUGUUUAUAUAUAAAGGCAAAUCAUCUUUUCCCGGGUUAUUAACUAGUUCUACUCGACUGUUUUGUGUCAGUUUAGGUAAGCAGGUUGAACUCGAGCAAACUUAUGAAUUCAGUGUAGUUAGAUCCACGGCAAGCAUUAAUGUGUCUCAUCGGUUCAUUCGCACACUGACCUGCUGAAAGCUGAAGCAAAAUUAACACUAAGAAACACUUGUGAUGUGAAUGUUUAGAUUGCACAAGAGAUUUGAGUGCCAUUGUGUUGAGAGGAGACGCAACAUGACAAAUGUUGUCAAAUGAGAGUACUGCCCAUCGUAUCAGGACGCUCCUUUUUUUUGCAUAUUUUGAGCAGUUGUGCACUUACUAGCUAUUGCAGCUCCGCAGAUGUUGUGUGUUGCUGUUUAGCUUACUAGCUCAAAGUAUAUACUCUGAACAAUCAAACCUAAAUGUCUAACAAUCAUUCACAACCCCGACUGUGAUUUGAGACUGUACAUGUGAGCGCUCAGUUUAUAUUUUUCCCACAAGAGAGGGUGGCCUGUAUGUGAAAUGACUAUUAAUGUGUGUAUAUAUAUAAAUAAAUAUAUAAAAGGAAAUAUAUGAUUGUAAAAGGAUGAUUGUUACCUGAGCAUAUUAUGCAUACCUCAGGCUUCAGACAAGUCUCUUCUGGGCAGAUGUUUUAUUGAGGACAGCCAUGAUCCCAUGUCGUAGCACAAAAUGGUGUGGUGUCUCUUGCAGUAAUCUACCUAGCUUGGGAAUGUACUGUAUGUAUAUGUAUGUACACUAAUGCAGCACUGCGAAAUAUUGACUUCUACAGUAUAUAUUUCUAUAGCCCAUGUUUGUGAAAACUAUAGUCUUACGCGCUGAAACGCAGCUGAACCUUUGCUCGAGAAAGUUUUUUAACAAUCUCAUUGGUUCGACGUCGAAAAACAAAUCAGGCGGUUUUGUGGCCUUCGGUAUUUGUCGUGCUUUUGUGAAUGUUUUUUUUUUGCAGUGUCACAGUUUGUCAAAAACGGUUCACUUUACUAUGGCACAAUAUUUGUCCGGACCAAAAGGAACAUUUAUGACUGGGGUUUGACUUGAGCUUGUUUGGAGAUUGAGAUCUUAUAAUAAGGAAUCUUAAAGUCUCCUUUGAUUUACCCCGUCUACCCAUGUGUUUCAGUACCACAUGCAUUUCACAGUAAUUCAUUUAUCUUGUCCAACAGAUGUCUUUUUCCUUGACUGAGGAAACCCAAAUCUACGAUUUGAUUCGCAGUCCUGUAAGUCCAAAAUGUCCUGCACUUCAUUUUAAAGGUUUGUCGAUAUUGUCUGUUAUAAUUCCUCAGAGCAUUUUAUUAUACUUGAUCCUUGAUUGUAGAGUCCUUAUUUUAUAAUGAAAAUAUAUUUGAGAAUAUAUGCGGUGGUACGGUGAUGUAUCGUAUGAAGAGAAAUAAAUAAAUGCAACUAAACAAUUAAAAAA